AUGCUCAGCCCUUAUUUUAUGAUUUUUAGGGGCAAAAAGGAGACAAAGGAGCACAGGGAGAGUCUGGCAGAACUGGAAAUAUGGAGAGCUGGCUUUUUAGGUACCAAUCUCAAGGAGAAGGCUGAUGGUGUGCUCACUUAUGUCAACAAAAGGGGAAUACAUGGCCACCUAGGAGAUUAUGGAAACACUGGAAAUCCUGGUCCAAAAGGUGAUACAGGUCCUCCAGGUCUCAAAGGAUUACCAGGAGUAAAAGGUUUUAAAGGGGUAUCUGGAUCACCUGGAAACAGAGGAGGACUUGGAGCAAAAGGAUAUAAGGGAGAACAAGGAGAACCAGGCAUUGUAGGAAUCAUGGGAUUCCAAGGAGUGAAGGUAAAAAUGUGCACAAAGGGUGAUAAAGGCUUGUCUGGAGCUGAUGGUUUACCAGGCCAGCAAGGACCUAGGGGCCCAGUUGGUGAUCAAGGGGAUUAUGGUCUACUAGGUCCGAAAGGAGCUCUAGGUCAUGUAGGGCUGCCAGGACCUCAUGGAUUGAAGGGGCUCCCCUUUCCAGAAACUCGUGUGAUAGAGCUAUGCAAAAGGAUUGCUUUAGAACAAAUGUCCACCUUUGCAAACAAUGUGAUGAAGAAAUGUGCUAGCACAUGCCCACUAUAUGGAGAUGUGCCUAUGGGGUCCCCAGGACCUGUUGGUUUGCCUGGACCUCCUGGAAAAGAGGGCAACCCUGGGUUGAAUGGAGUUGAUGGGGAACAUGGCCCUGAAGGGUUUUACGGAGAUUUUGGGGAUCCUGGAAAAAAAGGCUCAAUAGGUGAACGUGGUGACAAAGGUCAUAAAGGUGCCAAAGGUUUUGGGUUAGUUGGCUCUGAGGGCAACCAAGGUCUAAGAGGUGAACAUGGAAGAGAUGGACUAGUGUUUGAUGGACUGCCAGGUCAGCCUGGUUCACGGGGACAUAUGGGGCAACCAGGACUGAGAGGCUAUCCAGGAUUUAGAGGACCUUCAGGCAUAUGCAAAAUAGGAUGUGAGCCAAAUCUUAUGAAUGAAGUUCAUCAUCAAAGUGAACAAAUGGUUCAGGGUGAAUCACUGUGA